UUCUCCUAGUUUUGAUCAUAGUUCAUGAAGAUUUGAAAAGGGAUCUUAAUCUUAUAAGUUCAUGAUGAUUUUGAAGGAGAAAUUAACUACAUAUGAAUGCAUUUUGUGCCCCCUUUUUCUUGCUGAAAUCUAACCUAGCUAGCUAGGUACAAGUACUACUACUUCAAAUGUCAAUUGUGUUUUCUUUGCUACUCCUACUUCUUCUAGGGUUUUCUUUCCAUGCAUCCGGUGCUCGAGCUCUCGGGGUUGUUGCUGAUCACCACUACUCAAGCAACAAGGAAAGUGAUGAGAAGUUGAAUCCGGAUGCUAGGGUUUCUACACCUCCAAUGCCUAAUGAUGUCACUAAUCCGAAUGAACGGGAUGAUCGUGAUCUUGAUCAAGGGGUAGAAACGGUGCAGUGGAGAGUGCCUCACCCGAAGAAAGGGGAAGCGGUGUCAGAGUUUAACUUGGACUAUUUACCACCCAAAACGCAUCCUCCCGUGCACAACUGAGAUCUUGUCUUUGCAUCCAUCGUUUAUAAUUUGGGAAAGUUUAUGUGGAUCGACACUUUGAGUGCCCUAGCUAGUUAGAGUUAUGUUAACGUUAGGGCACGUAUCUUGAUUAUACGUGCUCUGUAUAUCUUGAUCAUACGUAUCUUAAUCUCAUAUGUGCUCUAUAUCAGUUCACAAGUCCGCCCUAUUUUAA